GCUAGGGAUUGCGAUUUUUGGAAAAUGAUUAAGACAAACUAGGUUUCGGUCACCUCCGCGAUUCACCUUUUGGCCGGAUUCGACGAGCUUCCUGGAAUCCUCGUCCCUUCCUGUGGUUUCGUGUUGCUCCUCUCAGCUCCAUGAUUGGUCCGUGCAAGAAAAGCCUCUGUUUUUUCCUCGAGUAAUUUCCAUUUCGGAGCCAGUUGCCACCUGAGCCGAGCUCCGAUUCUUCCAUUUCUGUCAGUGGCUGACAGCAUUGCCUACCAGAUUGGGUUUCGUGAUGGGAAGCAGCAAUCACGAGCCAGUGCCGAGCAUCCGGCCGGAUGGUUGGCUGCAGAAGCCUGCGCUGGGAUUCGGUAGCCUCGUCCAGAUACCGGACAGGAUUCAGAACUCUCUCAAGGUGCAUCUUGGGCGUUUCUUGAGGAAGAAUGGUGUUGGUGGUACAGAAGCCGAAAUGCUGCCGAUGCAAUUCCAGGAAACUUGUAGUACUGCUGCUGCUACUGAGAUUAAGUUGGAGAAGCAGCUCCAAGCUUGGAAGAACAAUCCUAGUUGGUCUGAUGAGCCUCCAGAAAUCAAGGUGACUGUGCCACAAGGCUCUCUAUGCAACCUGAAUCUGAAAUUUAAGGCAGGAUUACCUCCAGACGCAGUUUACAACAUUAUAAUUGAUCCAGAAAACAAAAGAGUUUUCAAAAAUAUCAAGGAAGUAAUAUCACGGAAAGUUGUGCUUGAUGAAGGAUCAAGGCAAAUAGUUGAAGUGGAGCAGGCAGCAAUAUGGAGAUUCCUCUGGUGGUCUGGUGUCUUGUCAGUUCAUGUUUUUGUCGACCAGAACAGAAGAAAUCACACUGUAAAGUUCAAGCAAGGACGGGCAGGUUUUAUGAAGAAGUUUGAGGGUUGCUGGAAAAUAGAGCCUCUGUUUGUUGACAAGGAAGUAUGCCAUCCUUUAGACCCAUGCACAUUAGAAGAAUACAAUUCUUGCACCAAUGGCACAGGAAGAGUUGGAUCUUCCAUUACCUUGGAUCAGCUUAUUGAACCAUCUAUGUUACCACCGCCACCCAUUUCAUGGUAUUUGAGAGGGAUUACCACAAGAACAACCGAGAUGCUGGUCAACGACCUGAUAGCGGAAACUGCUCGGUUGCGAGGCUUGGCAAAUAGUGCUGAUGACGAGCAAGAUAGUGAGGGAAAAUGUGAUAUUGAUAGAGAUCACCUAUCAGAAGAGUGCAAUGAUGUUAAGGAAAGAUGGUGUCAGAGAAGAAAAACAGCGCGGCAUGGUAACUCCCAUAGAUUAACUGCUCAAGGAUAAGUUAAGGAUUUUCAUUUCAGGUUAGGUUGUAUUUUAGCGCCAGUUUACCUGUUCUUCCAAUCCUAGGUGGUUUUCGUGGUAGAAUUUGAUGGAUUUUGGGUAUUCAUAUUGAUAUUUUGUAUAUGGCUAAUAACAUCAUGUGUCUGGUUUGUGAAUUGUUUGGCACCGGGUCUUUCAUCAGGAAUAAUGUAAGAUGGAUGUUCAACAGUUUAUAAUUGAUGAAACCCAGUUAAAUGUCUGCUAGAGCAGCUGUUGCACAACUGAACAUUGUUCCUCCAUUUCCACCAUUUUCCUGAAGAAACUCAACUUGC